GAAAGGAUCUCGGAAGAUGUCUGUUUCAUAUACCACCAUACAAAGCUAAAAACGUUUAUGAAAUAGAAAGUCUUAAACAUGACUUUGCUGGUAUAGUUACAUAUCGUAAUAGAUUACGAGAUGUUUUAUUAGAAGGUGUUGAUAUCCAAUGGGGUAAAAAAUGUAUUAGAUAUGAAGAAACUGAUGAUGGUGUUUGGGUGUUUUUCGAAGAUGGAACAAGAGAAUUUGGAGAUUUAUUAAUUGGUGCAGAUGGAAUUAAUUCACCAAUUCGAAAACAAAAGAUUCCUGACUUAAAAAUUUUUGAUCUUGGUGUAACUAGUGUCGAUGUAGAUAUUGCAAUACCAAAAGAUUUAGCCGAACGAUUGAUGUCGAUAUAUGCAAAUUCAUUAUUACAACAAUCAUAUG